CUGUCUACCAAUGUGUGUGUGUGUGUGUGUGUGUGUGUGUGUGUGUGUGUGUGAGCCCUUCCCCUAACCAUUCACUCCUCCUCCUCCUUACAGUCUCAUCCAAUAUGGCGGACAAGUACAACGAGUAUUCCCCGCCCCCUCAAGGCCCCCCACCACCGUACAACCAGCAGCCGGCCCCCGCAGGGUUCUCGCAACAAGUGAUGUACCCCCAUCCGGCCUCCACCAGCAGCACCACUGUGGUCACCAGCCAGCCGAUGGUCGCAGCCCAGCCCGUGAUCAUCGUGGCUGGGGCAAACUGUCCAGCCUGUAGGAGCGGGAUGCUUACCAGCGAGUUUACCUGCUGCGGGAUAUUCCUGGGAAUCUGUUGCUUCCCGCUGGGCCUCAUCUGCUGCUUCAUGAUGAGGGAACGCCGCUGCACGAACUGUCGCCUCUCGUACGGGAGCGCGUAGACACCCCACAAAGUCAUGCCCAAAGAUGGUCGCCUCGAGAAAAGGUUAAGCCUCCUGUGAGCGACUUUGAGGAACACCACAACGGCAGAACACUGAGAUCAACGCGUCAGAAGAUGAGAGUGACACCCUUGAAUUAGUGAUCGAUUAGCAGUAAUGGAUAUUCACAAAGGUUACGAGGAAAGGUUAAGCCUCUUGAGAGCGACUUUUAAGAACACCACAACGGCAGAACACUGAGAUCAACGCGUCAGAAGCUUGGAGUGACACCCUUGAAUUAGUGAACGAUCAGCAGUAAUGGAUAUUCACGAAACUUACACUCCAGAAAACACGGAGCGCCAUGCAUCAGGGUCCCCUCACUCGGCUUUCCUUAGUGACGGGGCGCCAGGCCGUCAGCGCGGUUCCCUGGCGCCGAAGAGAUCUGUCACUUUUGUCCAGAAACAGCGAUUUAGGCUGUGACGGAAGGAACACCAAGGAAGACACCGCGUCACUUCAGCUGGUCCAACAUCGAAGCCUUGCCUAACGCUCCUUCUCCUUUGCCAAAUGAUUCGCGGCCACCUCUGAAAUCCACGCGUGUUCCUGGCGCCAUGAUUAUAUACUGGCCUACACGCUUCUCUACUGGUCUCAGAAACACGGACACAUUCACCAGCAGGACUAAAUUUGACUGUCUUCUGCCGCCUAAAGUUACUCUUCCCAAAGUGAAAUCAUAAAGCAAAGCGCAGACUGCCUUCACGUAGGUUCACUAAGAUAGUUCCUUGUUUAUUAAUAUGACGAUGUGACGCUCGAUAAAAAAAAAUUGAAAACAUUGUAUAUAAUUUUCAUGUAUAUCUAAAUACAUAUAAAUUGCAAAAAACUAUUUACUACUCAUUAUGAAGCUUUCAGUGUAAAAUGUUGUAUUUCUGGGUAAAAGGAACCUUAGCGAUUUUAAUCUUAGCUAUCUUUUUUAGUGUGUUCAAGUACUGUAUGAGGUUACCAGACUUAGUUACGCUUUACCAGAGUUAACAGCCACUGAUGCUAAAAUACACUGAUCCUGACCAAUAUGAAUUUUAAUUACUGAAGAUCCAUCUGGAGAUAUUGAUAACAAAAAUAUACUAUAUACUUUA